GGAGGAAAAGCGACAGAAAUAGAAUCACGCGCGGACGCUCGUUUGUUGAUAGGGCUGCAACGUUGCGUUUUAUGGGUAAGAGUAAGGAGGCGAAACGACUGGGGCAUCUAGUUUUCUUAGCUGGAGAAGCUGCGAGCCAAGUAACGAACGUUUGCAUUUGACAUGCUUCAGGAGAAAUUACGUUUUUUCGAGCAGCAUUAGUUCCCUGUUAAUUCGUGAGAUAAACCUGUAUUGAUUUCAUGAUUUUUUAUUGAUUCAAAUCUGCAAAACAUGUCGGCAUUAAUAUCAACAAGGUUGCUCCUCCUUUUUGGGGAAUCAUCGCCAUUGAAGAAACUGUCGCGUGUCUCUAGGACAGCUUUGUGCCGUGGCAGUGUACGUUUUCUCACUUACGCUGGGCAAGACCAGGGGCCACUUACUCUUGCAAGCCCGGGAUUCAAGAGCGAGUUUGAAAGAACAGACAAGAUCAAAACAAAUAAACAUGAAAAAGCGAAGCUUAAUUCAGCUGUUGAAGUUCCCAAGAGUAAAGUGAAGGCGGUUGGAAGGAAUGGAACUAGAGCUGUUGGUGUUAAAAAAUCGCUUGAAAUAGAGUCAGCUCCAUUUGCUGCAAAAUCAUUUUCUGAGCUUGGUAUCCCACCUUUGUUGCUAGAAAGGUUGGAGAAUGAAGGCUUCAAGGUUCCAACAGAGGUUCAAUCUGCAGCUAUCCCCACUAUUCUCAAGAAUCAUGAUGUUGUCAUACAGUCUUAUACAGGGUCAGGUAAAACGUUGGCGUAUCUCCUUCCUAUACUGUCUGAAGUUGGACCAUUGGCAAAUAAAUCUUCUAAUGGUGAUGAAGUAUCUGGGAAGAAAUCGGAGAUAGAAGCAGUUAUUGUUGCUCCUUCUAGGGAGCUGGGUAUGCAAAUUGUGAGGGAGUUUGAGAAGCUGCUGGGACCGGCAAACAAGAAAGUAGUUCAGCAACUUGUUGGUGGUGCAAACCGAUCAAGACAAGAAGAAGCUCUUAAGAAAAACAAGCCAGCAAUUAUUGUUGGUACUCCUGGAAGGAUUGCAGAUAUCAGUGCAGCUGGGAAGCUUCACACCCAUGGUUGUCGUUAUUUGGUUUUAGAUGAAGUUGAUGAACUCCUUUCUUUUAACUUCCGCGAGGACAUGCACCGGAUAUUGGACCAUGUAGGGAGGAGAUCAAGUGCAGACCCUCCUGGACCAAAAGGCCUACUUGCCAGGAAGGCUGGGCGUCAGACAAUUCUGGUAUCUGCAACAGUUCCAUUUUCGGUCAUAAGGGCAGCUCGGAGUUGGGGAUCUGAUCCGCUUCUUGUUCAGGCAAAAAAAGUUAUUCCACUUGAAUCCCUACCUGCAUCUGGACCUGUUAAUCUGUCAAGGCCUAAAUCCAGUUCAAGCUCAAACCAGAAUUUGCAGCCUCAGGCAGCAAUACAGAGUCUUCCUCCAGCUUUGAAACACUACUAUUGUGUUACAAGGUUACAACACAAGGUUGACACUUUGAGAAGAUGUGUUCAUGCGCUUGAUGCCAAGUCUGUGAUAGCUUUUAUGAACCACAGCAAGCAACUAAAAGAUGCUGUCUUCAAGCUGGAGGCUCGUGGGAUAAAAGCUGCAGAAUUACAUGGAGAUCUUGGCAAGCUUGCUAGGUCUACCAUUCUAAAGAAGUUUAAAAAUGGCGAGGUGAGAGUUCUAGUAACAAAUGAACUAUCAGCAAGGGGUUUGGAUGUGCCAGAAUGCGAUCUCGUUGUUAAUCUGGACUUGCCUACAGACUCAAUUCAUUAUGCACAUCGAGCUGGCAGGACGGGUCGGCUUGGCAGGAAGGGCACUGUGGUAACCAUUUGUGAGGCGCCAGAAAUGUUUAUUGUGAAAAAGGUGCAAAAGCAGCUUGGGAUGCCUAUUCUUGCUUGUGAGUUUAUAGAGGGCAAGCUUGUUCACAUGGAAGAAGAGAAGGAACCUUUGGAAUCUUUAAAAUGAUGGAGAUCUUAUUUACUCAGUACACCUUUGGUAGCAACUGUAACCUUAUUUUUGCUUUUAAAGCAUAUAUAUUUUGAGGUUAAAUUUGAAAUUGUGAGAAUGCAUGCCAUUAGCAAGGGAGGUAGUAAACGAGACCUCUAAGGUUAUGAUAGAACUCUAAAGUGCAUGGAUCAGAUGAUCUCAACUACUUUCCUGUAUAAUUGACAUAGUUUUCUUCUUCA